UCAAUAAGGAUAAAAGCACAUGUCCCUACAUACUCAACAUCUUGCAUACUCUACUGGCCUAUAUAUACUGCUACUCCUUACUACACUACUCAUCCAUUUUCACUUUACAUGCUCUCUUAUCCAUUUUCAUUUUUUUUUCAUCUUUAUCCAUUUCAUCACAUAAGUUUUCCUUUCAAGUUUUCUCCUUAAAUACCUAAACAAAUUGAUCCAUACUUUUCUUUCCUUUUGUGCUUAAACUUGUCAUAAUUUCAACUCUUUUUUGUCCUCUUGCCUAUUAUUAAUCAAACAAGUUCUGUUUUUUUCCAUUUUAUCUUUUUGUUUUGUACUCAACAUAAUUUCCAUCAACUAUGUUCACUUUAUCUUCCAGUUCCAAAAACACCCUCCAUCAAAUUCAAACUUUAAACUCUGAAAACAAGAACAACAAUCACCACCAUGAUGCCAUUUUUUCUCCUUACUUGACCAACAAGGAAGGUAACUUUAUAUUAAAGCUUGGUGAAUCAAGCCAAAUAAUCAACCCCUUUAUCAACCCAACAAAAUCUCCUCUUUCCCAAGUGGAAAAGACAGAAGAUAGUGGAGAAAUUGGAGUAUUUGGUGCUGAAAAAUACUUCAACAGAAGAGAGGUUGAAACUUCAAGAGCUGCAACAAAGUACCUUCCUCAAAGAGAUGAAAAAAUGGCUAUAGAAACAAGAAAGUACAAAGUUGAUGAGUAUGGAACUUCAAGUAUCGGUUCUGUGUCAACAUGGAACAGCCAAAAUGCACUCUUAAAGAGUGGACUUAGAAAUUCUAACAAAGAAAAAGUGCAAGCUAAUAAGAGUGUUCUAUAUAAUCUUGGUUUCAAAUGUUCUUGUUCUGAUAAAAAUUCUGUUGAUAUCAAUGACCAUGAAGGUAAAAUAAGUUUUAGAAAUUAUGGUGCAGUUCAUAGCAAAACAAAACCAAAAAAGAUAUUCAAUCUUGGUCUAGAUGAUGUUUCAGUUAAAAAAAUAAGCAAGCCAAGUUCUGAAAUCUUCAUCAAUAAUAAUAAAGAUGUUUACUUUCAAAAAAAUAGUUUGGCUUGUAACACAAGAAACCAUCUUGUGAAAAUGCAGAGUCCACUAGAUGAAGAAAAUACACCAAGAAAAUCAUUGGAAGUGUUUGGCUCUCCAAAACCAAUAUUGAAUAGCAAAAGAAGUUCAUUGAGUAUUGAUAAAAGGUUAGUAUUUCCAAAAAUGGUGGAAGAAAUUGAUUCAAACUAUGAUGUUGAUGAUGCAGCUAGCGAUGCAAGUUCAGAUUUGUUUGAGAUUGAGAGUAUCAAAGGAAAAUCCCACACUACUUUUCUUACCAGACAAACAUCAGAUGCUACUUCAAGUUGCGUUAGCCCAAAUUGCUACGCGCCGAGCGAGGCAAGCAUAGAAUGGAGUGUGGUAACUGCAAGCAUAGAUUGUGAAGAUCAAAUGUCUGAAUUUACCAUAAGAACUCCAAUAAGGACACCAUUGAAUUCCUCAAAUGGAAAAACAAAGGUGAGUAGGGAGAUACCGAGGCGGCGGCCCGGCAUCUUGUUGGGAUGCAAGAGCCAUAAAGCUGUUAAAGUUGUUGGUGAUGCCUUCAUAACAUAUGAAAAAUCAAGUUUAAGUCCAAAUAUUGCUAAUAGAAACAAUAUAAAUUCUAUGGUGGCAAGGUUUCCAGGAGAGACAAAUCUUGCUGCAAAAAGGCAUGGAUAGCAACAACAUGUUUAUACCACACCACAAUUGCAGGCCUCUAACUCACCACAUGCUUCAAAAUUACUAUACAUUUUACUAAUAGCUUUAGAUUUUCUCACAGUGAAUUUGACUAAAUCAGAAUGACACAAUAAUUUUAUGUUAUAAUUUUGUUGAAGUUCUAAAAUAUAAUUUAUUAGAUACAAUGUUAGUCACACUAGUUACUUAAACUAAUUAGUCUAACUAAUAAUUAACUAACACAGACUAGUUAAUUGUUAGUUAUACUAGUUAGUUAAUUAUACUAGUUUGUUGUUUUUAUUGUAUUUAAUAUAGUUUUUGUUAAAGUUAUGGUGAGAUGGUGUGAUAAUGUUAAAUUUACUGUUGUUAUAAAUAUUGACUGAGAUUAUUUAUUUAUUUA